UAUAUUGUAAACUUAAACUGAUCCAAUCUAGUCAGAAGAAGUACUUCCUGCAGUCCCUUGUAUUUUACUUGCUAAACUUAAGUAUACUUCAUAACUGUACUACUUUUGGUUAAGGUUUUUUUUUCUAACUGCAAAUGUGUAUAGUGUUAAAUUAAAACUCUUCCUGUAACAUUUUUUACAUUGAAAUCCCUGAUUUUGAAACAAUAAUCCUGGGUGUGGCUCAGACAUGAGGGUCUGAUUGUGAACUCUCUCCGUGUGGGAGGCAGGAUGAGUCCUUGUGCAUGCUGAGCAGCACAUCCUCUGCUGACAGGUUUCAGUUUCUGGUCUUUUUUUUAGAAGUGUGUAACAUUGAUUUCUGGUGUUGUUGUGGAGUUGCUGGAGCUGGGAUGACCUGAUUUUAUCGAGCUGAACUCCGUCCUUCUGGGUUCUGCCUGAUCCAGGUAGUUUGGAGCCACGUUGGACACCUGAAACCAGCAGCCCUGAAGGACUGGAGUCUUCUCCAACUCAUGCUGGAACACGGUUGAUUGCUUUUCAACAGUCAUGUCCCCCUGACGUGCUUUACUGGCAUCAUCUCAGCUUUUCAAGGAGUUCAUGGGAAAGCAGCGUUGACGGGAAGACGCUGAAGUCUGGAUUCUUGGCUGUGGAGCAGCUCUUGUGUGGAGACUGUUGGUGGGGAGUCUGGUGGAUGUUUGUGGAGGUCUGGAGGUGAGGAGUGUUGGCAGCUGGAGGGCUGCAGAGAUGGACGUUGAGAGGUUUCCUCCCUCUUCAUCCGUGACCUCCCGGCUCAUCUCACCAUGCCAGAAGACCCCGUCGCCUCAUCCCUGUACAUCGUCCUGGAGCUGCUGAUCGCCGUGUUCUCCGUUCUGGGAAACGUGCUGGUCUGCUGGGCGGUGUUCCUCAACAGCAACCUGCAGAGCAUCACCAACUUCUUCGUGGUGUCCCUGGCGGUGGCUGACAUCGCUGUGGGAGUGCUGGCCAUCCCCUUCGCCAUCGUCAUCAGCACCGGCUUCUGCUCCAACUUCUACGGCUGCCUGUUCAUCGCGUGCUUCGUCCUGGUCCUCACUCAGAACUCCAUCUUCAGCCUCCUUGCUAUUGCUAUAGACCGCUACAUCGCCAUCAAGAUCCCGCUCAGGUACAACAGUUUGGUGACGAGUCAGCGUGCUCGAGGUAUCAUCGCCAUCUGCUGGGCUUUGUCCAUCGCCAUCGGGCUGACGCCGAUGAUGGGCUGGCACAAGCUCCCGAAGAGCGCCAACGGCACCUGCCCGUCCGGCCUGAUGCACUGCCUGUUUGAGGACGUGGUCGACAUGGAGUACAUGGUCUACUUUAACUUUUUCGCCUGUGUCCUGAUCCCUCUGGUGCUGAUGCUGGCCAUCUACCUGUGCAUCUUCAUGGCGGCUCGGCAUCAGCUCAAGCUGAUGGAGGUGAAGGCCCUCCACGGGGAGAAGUCGCGCUCCACUCUGCAGAAAGAAGUCCAGGCUGCCAAGUCUCUGGCCAUCAUCGUGGGUCUGUUUGCAGUCUGCUGGCUGCCGCUGCACAUCAUCAACUGCUUCACCCUCUUCUGCCCUCGCUGCCACCGCCCUCACCUGGCCAUCCUGUACGUGGCAAUCAUCCUCUCCCAUGCCAACUCGGUCAUCAACCCCUUUAUCUAUGCCUACCGCAUCCGGGAGUUUCGGAAAACCUUCCGCAAGAUCAUCCGGCGCCACAUCCUGGGCCAGCAGCAGUCGCUGGAGAACAGCUGGAGCGAGCACAACUCCACUCACACCAGCAUCACAGACUCCAUCCGCUUCAAGGCCAACAGCUUCGACCUCCUCAAAGAGCACAGCGACAGCAGGAGCUCCCCGUGCUGCGCCGCGCAGACGUCUCCUGUAGGGGGCGGUCUGGUGUCCGCGUCGCACCUCCCUCUGUCUUUCGUCAUGUCUCACUGCUCUAGUCCCUGUGCGCUGCCGGCCCUCUCUCAGACUGAGGUUCCUCUGGUGCACCGCUCACAGCUGGGGGAGCAGCCGGAUCCGGACCGGGCCGAUCCGGAGCUUCUGAAGCAGAACCUCAGCGCGGCCCAGGUCUCAUCACUGUUCAGCAGGCAAAGCAGCAAGAGCUGCUUCUGUGAGCCCGACAGGUUGUCCUGACACUCCUUGCCCGUCGUCCAGAAGCCUCGCCAGAACUCCAGCUCCGGGUCGGAAAACCAAAGGAAGACGGAGAGGUUCAGGAAAAUGAGCUGCACUAUUUACACACUGCAUGAAGUCACUGGUCCAGAGAGCUGAACACGAUCAAGAAGGUCUUUCAGCGGAUACAUCCAUAGAAACCGACCCAACAGACCAGCCGGGGAGGAGAGCAGAGCAUUAACUCAUCUUCAUCUUUAUUUAAACCUCAGCGUGUAUAACCUUCAACACCGGAGCUCCAGUGUCUAUGUUCUUUGAUUGACUGAAACUUUUCAAUCCUUAACAUCAUAUUGUCACCAGAUACUGAAGGACAGCGUGAGCCGCUCGUGAACUAUCACAAGAAUUUGAAAAAUUUCUCAGAAAUUGUAAAAAAUUUCAAAAAUUCCGUAAAAUACCUAAAUACCAAAAGUUAUGGCAGGAACGCUCUGAAUGUUUUGAUACCAAUUUUAAAUUAGUUUCAAAGUACACAAAGAACUGGAAGAAUUUUGUGAAAAAGAUCACAAAAAUGGCAAAAAAAAUGUAAAAUGUGUAAAAGGUUUGAAGACCAAAAGUACUAGCAUGAAUAUCCUAAACGUGCUGAACAUUUCAAUACCAAACUUGCAUAAUUUGAAGAAAGUGCACAAAAAUAUAUGUAGUUGUAUGAUCAAAAAACCAUAUAACUUUGCAUAAAAUAAAAAGUGUAUAUGCAAUAGUACAAGCAUGAAUGUCCUGAACAUGUUAAUUGUUUUUAUUGCAGAAUUUGCAUAAAGUUCACAAAUAUUUAAAGAAUUACAUAUUAAAGAAAAAAAACAAAAUUGGCGUAAAAAAAUGUUAAAAUUGCAUAAAAUUAUAACAAAUCGGAUAGAAUUUCAAGAAAUUGCGUAUUUAUUAGUUAUAACAUGAAUGUCCUGUAUGUGCUGAACGUUUUAAAACCAAACUUGCAUAAUUUGCACAAACAUUUGAAGAAUUAAAUAUAAGGAAAAAAAAUUCAAACAUUGCAUUAAAAUAAAA